UAGACAAACUAUCAGACUACUGAACACGAACUGGGCUGACCACCUGCACUGUAGCAUACAUUCAUGCUACGCACGCAACUACUGCUACCAGACUCUGAUAAUAGCUAAAUACUAAAUGUAAACAUUUAUCCCGUUUCCCCAAAACACUAAAUAUUGGACUAUAAAUUGUUCCUGUAUUAUACAAAUUGUUUUGUUCUAUUCUACUGUGCCAUUUACUUAGUAUGAUCUUGUAUUUCUUGUGGCAAAGUACCUCGUUUACUGGCUGCUUGAGCCAUCUCCAUUGUAGCUAAUUUGUUCCUAAGAAAAAAAAAGUUGCUGACAGUUGAGCAUUGCUGCAACGUCAGAGAACAGACACAGAAAAAACAAGUAAACAGGUCUGCCUUGUUUGGCGUCGUUAGAAGCAGGCAGCACACCCUGGCUUAAAGUCAGACAGAGGAAUGAGGGAAGAUGAGUCAAAGCGAGCAGCAACAGCAGGAUGAAAUCCCAGCAUACCUCAAAGAUGAGCAUCCAGCAGACGGUAACAAGGAUCACCCCGCGCCCCAGCCAGGCAUGUUCUCCAGAGUGACUGGAGGACUCUUCAGUGUCACUAAAGGUGCUGUGGGAGCCACUGUGGGUGGGGUGUCCUGGAUAGGAGGGAAGAGCUUCGACCUGACCAAGACCGCUGUCACCUCAGUGGCCGCUGUACCUGGCAUUGGGGUGGGGCUGGUGAAAGGAGGGGUGUGUGCUGUAGCUGGAUGUGUGUCUGCAGUAGGCUCAGCGGUGGCCAAUAAAGUUCCUAUUGGAGGAGGCAAGAAGAAGGACAAGUCUGACUGAGGAGGGGACGGACGGCGAUGCCGUUUUGGGUCUCAUGUCUGUUUCGCCUACAGUGUGGAGGGUCCUGGAGGGCUACAGAGGAUUCAAAGUCGUGUGUGUGUUCUCUUUUUGUGGAGGCCUACACUCUGAUCCGCAAGUUUCUAUGGACCACUCUCGUUAUGUGGCGGCCUGGUCACAGAGGGGGAGACUAAAUAAGUGGCUUCCUGGUCAGUAGUGCAGGGGCCACCCCACCCGUCUUUGUCUGCAAUAAUAACCAGUGCCUCAAACUGUUGGAAUAUGAAAUGACUGACUGUGAAUGUUGGAUUUACUCUGUAGAUAAAAACCAGCCAAGAAAAUAUUAGGCCUAUUUUAUUGCUUAGUAUUUGUUCUAUCUCCUGGCCGCUGUUUAAGAAACAGGCCAAGAACAUUUUCACAAUGUUUAAAGCGGUGUUCAUGUUCAUUGCUGUGUUUGGCAGUCAGACAAUCAGUGAUCGAUGCCUCUCAUGGGGGGGGGGUUUGGUGCUGGGACUGCACAGGGGGUUACUACCUUGACCCCUGAGCAGAGGUGUGGUUCAGAUCGAAGAAGCCAGCACCGGGCUGCUCCAACCACCGAGGCAGCGCUUUGUUUUGAAAAGCAAUGGUGACGGCGGGGAGUUGAUGGCUGCACUCCAUCUCUCUGAUUGAUUCUAUUUCUGAGAUUACGGACUCUAUGCGUCUGGGGCCCAGCCGCUCAGCCUUGGUGCUCUUUCCCACAACAAAACUCAUCACUCUCCCACCCCUCCCCAAUAAUUACAGCGGCACACUGGGGUUUCAACGCUACCUGCAAGGGCUAUGGUAGACUGAACACUGCUAGGGAAGUCGAUGUUCCUGACUAGAUGUUUAUGCUGGUGGAUAUUGUUUUCUUUUGUUUUUUCUUCUUCCCCUGUAAAGUAUACGAUUUAUAUCUCAAACUCCCCAUUCCUGAUGUGAGGGGAUUUUUUUUUUUUUUUUUUCAUAGGGAUAUUAUUUCUCCACCAGGGAAAUUCUCUAAAGUGGACAUGUUCAUUUCCAUUCAUCUUUUUCAUCUUCAGAAAACGCACUCUGGUGCAAGUAAUGUAACCUUAUGUUUUUCAAUGACAAAGUAGUUUUAGGAUCCGUUUCCCCUUUGAUGGUAUGGACUCUUCAUUUUUUCACUGAUGGUGCGUUGAAUCACAGAGCUCUGUCACUGCUGUUCCUUCCUCUCUCGCUAUAUUUUGAUCUUUCACUUUACAGCAAGGUGCCUUAUUCCCACAAGAAAGCCUGAACUAAAGUAACUUAUUCAUUUUUUUAACCUACCACUAAUAUAUCUAUCAUCUUAUUCCGUAGUCCACAUGUUGUUCUACUGCCAAAAAACAAACUAGCCUACUUUAGCAUUAACCAUUUCUGAAUACAUUUAAGGAGUUGUCUUUUUCCAUUGUUUGUAUUAGAAAUAAAAUGUAUUCAUAUUAUUAAUAUACAGUUCCAGUCAAGUAUGGACACCCUUUGCCUUGAUGACAGCUUUGCACACUCGUGGCAUUCUCUCAACCAGCUUCAUGAGGUAGCUAUUUGGAAUGCAUUUUAAUUAACAGAUGUGCCUUGUUAAAAGUACAUUUUGGGAAUUUCUAGGUUUGAGCCAAUCAGUUGUGUUGUGACAAGGUAUGGGUGGUAUACAGAAGAUACCCCUUUUUGGUAAAACACCAAGUCCAUAUUAUGGCAAGAACCACUCAAUUAAGCAAAGAGAAAUGACAGUACAUCAUUAGUUUAAGACAUGAAGGUCAGUCAAUAUGGAACAUUUCAUCAACUUUGAAAGUGUCUUCAAGUGCAGUCGCAAAAACCAUCAAGCACUAUGAUGAAACUGGCUCUCAUGAGGACCGCCACAGGAAAAGACCCAGAGUUACCUCUGCUGCGGAGGAUAAGUUCAUUAGAGUUACCAGCCUCAGAAAUUGCAUCCCAAAUAAAUGCUUCACAGAGUUCAAGUACAAGACACAUCUCAACAUUAACUGUUCAGAGGAGACUGUGUGAAUCAUGCCUUCAUGGUUGAAUUGCUGCAAAGAAACCACUAUUAAAGGACACCAAUAAUAAGAAUAGACUUGCUUGGACCAAGAAACACUGGCAACGGAUAUUAGACAUGUGGAAAUCUGUCCUUUGGUCUGAUUUUUAGCCAUGUCUUUGAGAGAUGCAGAGAAGGUGACCGGAUGAUCUCGGCAUGUGGUUCCCACCGUGAAGCAUGGAGGAGGAGGUGUGAUAGUGUGGGCUGCUUUGCUGGUGACACUGAUUUAUUUAGAGUUCAAGGCAAGCUUAACCAGCAUGGCUACCACAGCAUUCUGCAGUGAAACGCCAUCCCAGCUGGUUUGCGCUUAGUGGGACUAUCAUUUGUCUUUCAACAGGAUAAUGACCCAACAAACCUCCAGGCUGUGUAAGGGAUAUUUGACCAAGAAGGAGUGCUACAUCAGAUGACCUGGCCUCCACAAUCACCCAAUCUCAACCCAAUUGAGGUGGUUUGGAAUGAGUUGGACCGCAGAGUGAAGGAAAAGCAGCCAGCAAGUACUCAGCAUAUGUGGGAACUCCUUCAAGACUGCUGGAAAAGCAUUUCAGGUGAAGCUGGUUGAGAGAAUGCCAAGAGUGUGCAAAGCUGUCAUCAAGGGAAAGGGUGGCUACUUUGAAGAAUCUAAAAUCUAUUAAAAUUUGUUUAACACUUUUUUUGGUUACUACAUGAUUCCAUAUGUGUUAUUUCAUAGUUUUGAUGUCUUCACUAUUUUUCUACAAUGUAGAAAAUAAUACAAAUAAAGAAAAACCCUUGAAUGAG